AUGUCAGCCUGCAAAGUUUGCAACGAGCCGCUCGUCCUCCGGCUGGACGACGACGCGGACAAUGACGACACUGAAACCGCAGAGACUGUCCCCGAUGAUUUGGAGCUCGGCUGCGGAUGCCAUUUCCACUGGGAAUGCCUCAUGGAGGAAGCGUCCACGGUAGCUACAUCUCUGAAAUGCCCCAGCUGUGACAUAUAUCUGCCGAGAAACCAGGCCGGCGCCUCUUCGACGACUCAGUUCCGCGAGGCUUCCGCCGCCGCUAUCCUGGCCCAGUACAGCAACGAGGGCGGCGUGCAAAAGGACCUCGACAUCAUGGCUUCAAUUACCGAAGAAGCGUAUGUUCAGGCUCACCCCGAGGCGCGCCCUGCGAGGGCAUUCCACGUCAUGUGCGCCGAGGGGGACAUUGCUGGCGUCAUCGACUUAUUGAGAGACGCGAGCGACCAAGGCGCGGAUGCUGGAAGCAUUAUUCGCUACCAGGACCCCUUGGAAGGAAUGAAGAGCGGCCUUCAUUUGGCUGUUGAGAAUAAGCAGGACGAGAUUGUGUGGACGUUGUUGUGGCUGUCGUCUAGGAUUUCUACGGAUGCUUUCCCCCCUCUGGUCCGACAGAUGGCCGAGGGUGUCGGAUUGGGACGCAUCAAUGUGGAUGCCGAUGGGGAUGUUCGCUGCCUGAGGGAUUCCCAGGGCCGGGUGGCGGAGACUAUUGCUCAGCAGAAUCCAGAGGUGUGGUCGGCGUUGCUUGAUGGAGGUGUUUUGAGUCCUUGA